AUGAAAGAGGGUAAAUCCGUUAAACUCAACCAUCAACAGUCGCACCAGAACGGUCACCUCUCGCCUUCAAAAUUCGCCAAAUUGUUUGAUCCCGAAGCUUCCUGGGAUAAGGAUCAAUUGGGAGACGUCUUACAUUGGAUUAGACAAGGGCUUGGCCUUGUGUGUGGAUUCCUUUGGGGUUCUAUACCUUUGGUUGGAGGCAUAUGGUUCAUCCUCUUUUUAGCAUUAUCGACUGGGGUUAUAUAUAGUUAUUAUGCAGUAAUAUUAAAGGUUGAUGAGGAAGAGUUUGGCGGUCAUGGAGCCCUCCUUCAAGAGGGACUAUUUGCUUCUAUAACUCUUUUCCUGCUUUCAUGGAUUCUAGUUUACAGUUUAGCACACUUCUGA